UCGGAUAAUUCGGCGAUGAUUUGUUCCCUUUGCAAUAAUCAGGGUUACGUCAAGGCUCAUCAGUCGAAGACGAUGGAAGCUGUUAUCAUCACGAAGACUCUAGGACCUCACAAAGUCAUGCUAAAUAUGCUAGUUAUGGGAGAACCAUCGUCAGUAUCAUCCCACAUGGUCAUAGCGUGCAACGGACAAGGGCCCGUGGUUUCUGCAGAGCCAACUUCCUUGGACUUCGGCGAGGUGAAAGUUCUCGAAGAAAAAACGAUGGAAUUCCAGCUUAUCAACGAUUCACCUGUUCCUACUCAGUUUAUCGCGACACUGAAAAGCGAAGAUUCACUGUGCAGCGUCAGUCCAGAGUCUGGUGAUCUCGAACCGCAUGAAUCGAUGAUCAUUACUGUCAAACUAUGCCUUGUGGAGCCUGGGAAAUACAAAGAUAAAAUUAUGCUGCGUGUAAUUAACAGCAGAAUCAUCCCUGUAGAGGUCAAAGGAACUGGAUAUGGUUGCAGUGUCGUUUUCGAGCCACAGAUAUUCCCAACUUUCGACUGGGGCCUGCUUUUCAGCCAUCAGCAAAUAGAUCGAACAAUAACUCUGACGAACAAGGGGACUCAUGACUAUCAAAUGAUCUGGAUAACCGAACCAGAAGUACGAUUUCGACGAGGUCAAAUGCUAAUGUCCCACACCACGAAGUUUCAACUACAUCCUUCGAUCGUCAAUAUUCCACCGGGGGAAACGAGACAUGUCUAUUGCAAGUUGUUCUGGAAAGCAAACGAGUGCGUGGUAGAAAAAUGGAACGUUUUCGGUCAAUUUCAUGGUAUAGGGAAACGUGAAUUGAUCGGCACGUCGUCUUUCACGGUUACUUUGACAGAACCGCAGAUUCUAUUUAGUAAAAGGAGGUUAACGUUUCGGGUGGACGUGUGCCCCGAGGAAGACAAAUUACAGCAAAUAGACGAAUUAUUGGUAACAAAUCAAUCGAAGCUGGACCUUAACGUUCAGCUCUCGGUGAGAGAACCAUUUCAUCUGAUAACCUCUGCCGAAGAACACGUGCAAAGUAUGCAGAUUGUCCUGAUCGAUGGAGGUACCACGAAAAUUCGCGUUUUCUUUUCCUUCAAUGGCGAUACCGAGGAUUGUUACUCGAAAAAUUAUUCCGGCAUACUUCGAUUAGAAUAUCAGGAGCAUCCCAAUCAGGAUAAAAUCACGUGUAAGGGUUACGUGAAUUUUCCAAACCUCGACAUACAGCCUAGUGAUUUUGUAAUUAACUGCGAGUUGGGUACAAGCGCCGAGGAAAUAUUAACGUUAACCAAUAACGGACCAAUAUCGGUUGUAUAUAAAUUCCUGUGGCUCGCAGAUUCCAUCGAUAUACAACGCGAUUCGGACGUCGUGCCGGAGUGUUCUGGAUGUUCGUCGCGCAAGGCAAAAUUAGAGGCGGAUACAGCCGAGAUGCAAGAGGUCGAGGUAGCGGACGAGGUACACGAAGACAUUUACACGAGUGACAAGCAAGACGGAGUCGGAGACGGGCCAUUAGACACGAUACCGCCACCUACGAAUUCGCCCAUUUCAGAGAACCAGAGCUCGGAAAUUCCUCUUACGGAGAAAAUUUCUGAAAUACACGAUUGUUUGGUAUCUGCAAAGGAAAUAAGAAACUUUCUAAUGCCGAUUGUUGGAUCAUAUUUUAAGGCAGACGAAGAUCUGGUUGUGUUAGAGAGCAUGCAGACCGAUCCUCCAAGGAAUGACUAUAUCAACGAAGUUCUGAAGAUCGUUCCAAACGAGGGCACGGUGCUUCCGUAUUCUGUGCAACGAGUACACGUAGGAUUUCACGGUUUCGAACGGCUUCGAAUAAAAGCCAUCAUCGUCUGUGAAAUUUUCCGUGGACCCACCGAGCGGAUUCAUCUACUUGCUCGCGCAGACGCUAUUCGAUAUGCGAUUGACACGAAUGUUAUCGAUUUUGGUCAACAGAUCGGUCACUUGAUGCCCGUCACGAUCGAAGUGAUCGCUUAUGGUGCUUUUCCGCAAGUUUACCUGUGCAUUCCUCGAGGGAAAAUGCAUCAAUAUCAUUCCAUCGAGUUAGAAUACUCUGCUAUCCAAUCGUUGACCGAGGAUUUCAUAGUUAACAAAAUAGGGAACAUCGUUGCCAAGAAGAUUAACGAUUUACUCGAAACGGACAUGGAGAUGUUAGCCGAUAUGAAACACGUGAUCGUCGAACGUACUGCUCACUACUCGGCCAAUGUAAUUAAUUACGGCCCAUGGAACGUGGAAAUGAGAAUGAAAAUGGAGAACAAGAAAGACCACCCGGGAAGAUCUGGCAUCAUAGUACACUUCAGAAAGCAUUCCAAGCUGUUGGUCGGCGAUUCUGCUAUUCUUCAAGUGACCUGGCACCCUACACGAGAAAGAUUUUCAGAGAAAAGCACAGAAGUGAAACAUAUGAUUUACAUAGAGGUAUUAUAUGGAUGCACGAUUCCUGUCACUAUAAAGGGAAUAGUAACUUAUCCGUACGUCACCGUCAAUACCAAGUUUCUGGACUUCCAGGACGUUGUUGUUGGAGAAUGUUUGGUUCUCCACAUUUUGAUCAAGAACGACGGAUUAGUCGAUUGCGAGUGGGAGGCGAGGCUAUCGGACGUUCAUCGUAAGAAGCAACACGAGGAUUAUCCAUUUUACGUGGAAUACGAUACAAAUUACUGUCCACCUGGCCAUUUCGAAAUUGUCCGGUGCUAUAUAGAGACGAGGUUAAAGAUUAUCGUGAAAAUGAGCCCUGAAACGCAGAUAGUCGCUAUAACUGGCCGUGGAAUCGAAAAAAGAUUGAACAUAAUCGAACCGACUAUUCAAUUUCUGCCCACUAUUCCGUAUACGAAUAUUCAAGAAGUAGUUUUCACGAUCGAGAAUACUUGCAAUUAUCCUGUGGAGUUCUUCUGGCAUCAUUUGGACGAUGUUUUCCAGAUGGAGGAUCAUAUAACGAAGGCUCUGUUGUAUUACUACAAAGUGAAGGAAAUACUGCUGCCACCCAGAAAGCCUGGUGAAUCGAUACCCUGGCAAUUAACGAAAUUUUACAGAGAUAUAAUCAACGAGAUGGCCCAGGCGUUAAUUAUGGAGAAGUUAAACGAAGAAGAAAUAUUCGAGGAAGAAGUUCAGCUUGAGAGAAGGAGUCACGAAGGAGACACGGGCAAGAAGAGAGAGAGGAUGACCAGGUCGAGCGUAUUGAAGAGGAAAACGAGGAAACGCGGAAGAUCUAUUCAGCAAUCUACGACGAGGAAAAGCAGCGUUCGUGAAUCUAGUCGUCGCGGGAAAAGAAACGAAGUUGUCAGUGACUUGUCUAGCACGGAUUCGGGCAGAAAAGACUGUCCGGACUUUCCAAUUUUGAACGAAACUCUACUGGAAUCCAUUCCUCUACCCACGAGCGAUCCCGAGGAAAUCCAACACAUGCUUUUCUGUUACAUAGACAGCCUUUAUAAGAGUUCAGAUUUCCAAAGUAGAAUGAAAGACCCGGUGAAGGAACUUUUCGAGAAUAUCCAGCGAAAAUCUGACGUGUCGAACAAUAUUCCGGAUCCCUCGAAGCCUGAGAAAAGAGUCUGCGUUAUUUUCCAUGGAGCUCCUUUCACCGAGUAUCAAGAGGUUGCGUGCCGGAGCGCCAGAGUCUUAGAAAUUCCAGUUCUUAGCAUCGAUAAGGCGAUCACGGAAGUUACUGCGCUUUCCGGAAGUCCAUGCUCGAUUCAACUUCGACAGAUCAUCGACGAUGCUUAUGAGAUUUACUCGGAGGCUUUUGUUAAACAAAAACAGCGUUUGAUCAGUCAAGAUGCUCGUGAAGGCAACGAGGUCGGAUCAGAAUCAACUAGAAAAACAGGAACUUCGAGUAAAAGGAGAAGUUCGUUGAAGGAGAAAUCGUCCAGGACAGGAGGAUCGCCUAAAACCUCGAAGAAAUUGAAAACGUCGAAAGCUGCUAAAAUACAAAGUUCAGACGCGCAGAGAGAAGCAAUCCUUCGACUUCAUGCAGAUCCUGAUCCGCUGGUAGAGCUGGAUAAAAUUCCAACCAAUGAGAAACUGGAAAUGUUGGAUGCUUUGAGUAGAUACGAAUAUAAGAUACAAGCUAUUUUGUUACUGCAGAAAAUAGUUGAUCACUGUGAUAUCCAUGACUCGCCCAGAGACAGAGGUGACAGAAGUCUAAGGAAAAAGAAGGAUUCGUUCCUUGGGAUUACUUCCGAAUUAAUAGCUGAAGCUCUUGAAGAAAGAUUAUCCAUGGAGGAUUUCAAGCGAGGUUUCGUUGUACAGAGCUUGGAGUGCAAUUUCCUGCGAAAUAACACGCUCGAAGCUUUGCUUUCCUUGUUACGAAUCGUCGGCAAUAUCGAGUAUCUUCUAUUCGUUACUUUUCUUAAUUCGAUGGCUUGCUACGACACAAGGAUAGAGCAACUUCAAAAGGAAAUAGAAUUGCCAACGGCACAGAAAACCGAGCUUUUCAUCUUUGCAGCGAUGAAAGCCACCGAUCCCAAUCAGAAGAUCCAGGACAUCGACGAGAUGUCGUCGUCCGAAUACGAUCAACUUCCCGACGAGGAUAAGAAGAUGUAUCUGGACGCGAUUCUACCACUUAAAAGGGCGGAAGCAUCGCGUAGGCGAGCUCGAUUCAUCGAAAGAAUGAUGGAACGUACAAAGAAAAAGGAGAAUCGUAGCUACGUUUCAAGCUUGAAUACAACCAAGAAGAAGCGGAACGCAAAGUCGACGAGACACGUGACGGCAGCCAGUAACUCGAGACCAGCUUCCAGUAAACGAGGGACAAGCAAAGCAACGAGAAGUAGAGACAGCUCGAAACGAAGGAAAGAAUCUGUAUCGAGCGAGGUGAAAGAAAUUACGGCGACUAUGGAUCGAUAUUACACAGAUCUCUCGUCGAUUGAGGCUGUGAUUCGUAAUUGGGAUCCCAUAAGAAAGACGAUAGAAACAGCUUCUACAACGAAGUCUAAAGCAUCAAGAAGCGCUAGAUCCAAAGAUGUAUCUCCUUUAGAUACAGUUCCAGAGGUGCCAGCAAAUAAUUUUCACAUAUGGUACGUAAGAUCCAGCGAUCCCUGGCAAGACACAAUGUACGAUUUAGUUGUCGCUCAAAUGAACGAGAACCUAUUGGCAAAAUCUGCUCUUCCCGUCGAGAUUAUACCAGUACCAGAUCUUCGACCCAAACUUUAUUCCGUCCUCAGGUGGAAAGACGUCGAAAAACGAGCUAAAAGAAUUCUCGGCGACGUAUAUCAAUUGGUUUCUUUGACAUCGAUGCCGGAAAUCUUUUCCGUCGACGAGUCAAACGCAGUCAGCGAAGUGAGCGUGCAAGAGAAUUACACUAUCGCUAAAAGAAAUCGUAGAAGACGUGGUCGUAAAACGAGCAAAACGGAGGAACAAAAAUCAUUGAACAGAGCGGAAAAUCGUUCUGUGAACGCAUCGACGAUUGGAAGCAAGGACACGAACAGCGCGUCAUUUCUGGAAACGAUUCGGGAAGAGUCCUUGAAGCCACGAUGGAUUUUACUGCCGAGCGAAAGCCAGAGAUUCAAGAUCCGCUUCCAACCGGAAGAGUCAGGUCACUAUGAGGAGGUGUAUGCGUUGACUCUGUUGGAUGGAAAUUACAUCACCUACGAAGUGAAUGUUACCGGUGUAGCCGAUAUACCGAGGCUGGACAUGAAUCCUAAAACGAUUUUUGCCAAGACUGCAAAUGCUAAAUUGAACGAGGCAGAGAGUUCUACGUACUUUUACGACAAAGAGUUGUACGAUUUUGGAUCUCAGCUGGUUCUCCGUAAAGACAGAAGGCCGCAUCGUCGAGAGGCUCGGCUGAAGUUUUGCAACAUUUCCGAGGUGGAGGUGGAGGUUCGCGUCUCACUGACGGAAAACGAUUCCCAGUGCUUCUUCGUUCAGCCUCAGCAGCUCCUUAUCGCUCGAGAAACGAAAUCUACGCAGCGAGGCAGCUGCGCGACUCUGAUCUUGUCGGCCAUCGCUACUAGACUCGGAAUUAUCACGGGAAAGUUGUUCUUGUGCGUGACGAACAAUCCGAAAGUCGAAGUGAUCGAGUUGCAAAGCAAAGGUACCAUGUUGGACAUCGAACUGGAUGAGAAAGAGUUGUCCUUCGGUCGCAUACUGCUCUAUCGAAUAGAAUAUCGAACGCUGACUAUUAGAAAUAAAACUCCGGUUCCGUUCUUUUGGUAUUUGGAAGCCGAAGAACCUGCUGAUCCACAGAUAACGUUCACGCCUUUUCAUGGAGUGAUAGAGACUCGCAGCGAGCAAAAGAUCGAGUUUUGUUAUCACGCUACCACGGUCGGUGUGGUCCGCAAGAAGGCGAUAACCUUCAAGGCAUUUCUAGACGAGGACGACAACGAUCCCAUUUUUUACGAUGUCGUAUUAAUAUCCGGAGAAACUUACGACGUCGCAGUGGACAUCAACUACGCGAAUCCUAUCGAUUUGAAAUACAUAAAGGUGAACUUCGCCGCGAAGACGACUUUUUCCAUGAGAAAUCGCGGUGACUACGAGGUGAAAUACGUAAUUACCAUGGAAGACAAAGAGAAAUUGGCGAAAUUAAACUUACCUGCUAAUUUCAAGAAGAAGCUGGAAAUCGAACCAGCCACUGGAACUGUUUCACCAAAUCAAGAGAAAACUGUAGAAAUGAUAUUCAAAGCGAAGACCGAGCUGACGCUUAAGGAAGCCCCGAUAUUAAAAUGUCAUUUGGUUGACACGCAUAAAGAAACUACUGUAAUCGCCGAGAUUCCUCUCAACGUUUCUCUUGUUGCAUAUUACACUAGAUUUCGUAUCAAUCCAUAUCCUGUGGUAAACUUUGGAGCGUUGGCCAUGUGCACCGAGAAAACCAUGUACCUCAAUAUCGAGAACAUCGGAAAAUUUCCGUUACACUAUUCUAUUCGGUUAUUGCACAAACAUCCUUCUGUCAUGUACAUGACCAAAGCGUUGCCAAAAGAAUUUCCCAAGAAGACGAGCCUGGCGGAAAGAAGAACCACGUCGAAGAAAGGGAAGAAAUCUGCCAGAAGUGUCAAAACCGAGACCAAAAUCCAUUCGGAGCCAGAGAGGUUGAUAAUAGGGCCAAUUACGAUAAUGAAAACAGAGGGCACUGUGGACGUUGAUCAAGCGGACAGCAUCGCCAUCAGCUGUUACCCAGAAUUCGUGGGUUCUCAAGAGGAACAGAUUAUUAUCGUGGUGGACAAUAGCAUUCCCGAAGACAGAGAAGGGAAAACAGUCACGUUAUCCAUGAACUCGUUCAUGCCCACUAUCGAUUUCCAGGACCUCGACUCGACGUUUCAAGAAAAUCGCGUGGUUGAUAGAAUUCAAGACUUCGACUGUCCCAAAGAUGUUCUUAUCGUCUCUUGGUCCUUUAAAACGAUGCACGCUUUGCAAAUGCGGAUGUGCAAUCUUGUAUUUUGUCUCUUUAUAUUUAUUGUUUCUUUUUUCCAGAUUGGGGCGCACACUGUGUUUGCUCGUCAAGAGAAAUCCCUCUACUUCCGGUAUAUCAACGUGCUGAGCACUCACGUAACUUGUUUCAAAUUGCAUAACCGUGGCGUAGUUGCUGCUAACGUAGAAAUUCGCUUGAUGGAAGAAUCUUUGACGCCAAAUACAGCAAAAUAUAACACGUUUAUUAUAGAACCGACGAACGACCAGAUUCCUCCAAUGAGUCACAAAGUGUUCACAGUGUCUUUUACCCCGCACAUCAUAGAGACGUUUCAAGAAACGUUUCGAGCAGCCGUGGUUUUGCCUUCGCAUCUCGAAGCAGACCAGCUAUUCAUCAAACUGAUAGGAGAAUCUUGCGUGCCGGAAGUGGCGAUUACAGAGCCAGUGCAUGGAGCACGGGAAAGACCUACUUUGAACUUUCCUCGUACAUUGAUCGACGAGAGCAGUUACAGAUAUCUCGCUUUGGAAAACAUCGGAUUCAUUAAGGCGAAAGUCAUCGUGAAGAUCGACGAGGAUUUGAAUAACGUGUUCCUCUUUUCCGCUUGCUCGGAUACGCAGCAUUUACUGCAAAUUUGGCAGGAUUACUGCGAUGGAGAAAGAAAUAAAGGUAAAAUAUUUGCACGAGGUGGAAUUGACGCGACCAUCUUCAUCCUAGCCUUAAACCCAUCUCAACGUUAUAAAGAAAGAGAGAAUAUGUUACCAAACACUUGUAAUUUUGUCGUUUCAGAGCCACGCGAUCGAUGUAUCGUAGUUCGUUUGGCACCCGGAAACGUAGCUCGCUUCAAAGUAAUCUUCGCUCCGACUGAAAUCGGGAAACAGUAUGGAAAAAUUCGUUUGCACGUGAUCGAUAAUCCGUACGAGAAUCUGUCGACUAAUUUGGAAGGCGAGUGUUACGUGGAGCCGAUCGUCCUGGACGGCUUACAAUUCGAGGAGAAUAAACGUAAAGUCGUGACCGAAAAUCACAAGGUCCGGAGAGCUUCGUCCAAGCAGAAUUCAUUGGUUUCAGCUUCGAGCAACUCGAUGCACUCUGCGUCUCUGACCUACAUUCUCGACUAUGGACUUUGUUUCGUUAGCAAAAUGUACAAAAAGACAUUCAAGAUUGCCAAUAAAUCUACGGAUCGAUGGUUUCGUUUCCAAUGGAGUGCACAUCCGCACGUUGUGUUCGAGCCAUCUAUUGGACAUAUCAAGUAUCUCACGUGCAAAGAAAUCGUUGCUACUUUCCUGGCACCUGAACCUGCGAAUUACGAGAACAUUCGUAUCGAGUGUUUGAUAUGCGAAAUUCUGGUAGAAUAUUCGCAACACGAGUUAGUAGGUUGGGACGAUAGACAGACGGAGGUGCGUUGGGAGCGAGUACAUCAUGAUCUGAUGGAUCGAAUAAGCAACAUAGACUUGUUCCUGAAGAAAAUCGUGGAACCAACGAUCGAGGCAAAGCACGAAAUUUUGGCUGGAACGAACAGAUCCAUUGAUCUUCUAUUAAACGCCAUUGUUGCAUUUUCCGAAUGUUUGUGCACUGUUGAAGAAAUUUGCUUCAAUGAUACGCUGAUGUUUCAGACCAGGGAGUACAAAUUCUUCCUAUCGAAUCCAGGGAUCGUAGAUACGGUGUUCGCCUGGAAGAUAAACAUGGACGAACAGUAUCCGAAGAGGUACAUAGGAGACAGUUCGAACGUGACUUCCAGACCGAGAACGGCGGAGGAAACCCGCUCCCAGAAUUCGAGAUCAUCUAGGGGAAUCUUCUCCGCAACAAGUGAACUCGGUCGCAGAAAUUUCGGCCAGGAUGAAUCGAGCGCUGGGGUCAACACGAAUAUUUUGUCACGACGAUGCAUGUCGUUCGUUUCCGAUAGCGUCGAUAUGAAAGAUGCUUCAAGCACGAAACAAUCGGAUCUGUUCAGCAGUACCGCAGGAUUAUCGGGAAGAACCACCGACAGUUGGUUGGAAGGCGACGAUCUGCCUUUCGUAAUUUAUCCCGAGACAGGAACGAUAUCACCCGGACAAUCUGUGGAAUGUACAUUAAAAUUUUCACCCAAGGAUGUAUUUUAUUACAAGGCAUACCUUACGUGCAACAUAGAAAAUCACGAAUCGAAGCAACCGAAUCUGACAAUUCCCGUCGUAGCAAGAAGUUUGCUGCCUUACUGUCACUUCGACGUACAGGAUAGCGACUACGUAACCAGUGGAAGACGAGAUCCAUCGCUACCUGGUCCCUUGGGAUAUGAAAUAGACGAUCCCACUUUGUGGCAGAACAUCAGGGUAAUCGAAUUUAAAGUGGUUGGCGUGGCCGGAACUCAUGUGAAAAAAUUCCACCUGAUCAACCCCACUGUAGACGAUUAUUAUUUCUCGUGGACGAAUCGAUCGGCUCUUGGACCAGGCGAGAUAUCGAAUUUUCAUUGCGCGGUGACCGAGGGUAUUGCCGAACGUGGAAAACGUACCGACCUGGCUUUCACAUUUUUGGCAGAGAAUGUCGGCGUCUUCGAAUCAUUCUGGCUCUUUUCCAUCGAUAGAUACAAUCUGGAGUGCCUUUUCCUGCUUGUCGGCAUCGUAAUCGAACCGUCGGUGUACUGCCUCACGAUUCACGUGAAACUCAAGCCAACGAUCUUAGGAUUCAACGUGAGAGAUUCGUUGAAAAUAUUGAACAACGAGGAUUUUCAUAUACCGUUUAGCGUGUUAGAGGAAUCUCUUUAUUCCGAGGGUAAAUUUCAAAAGCUCAGCGUAACGCCGAUGACUGGAACUCUGAUCUCGAAGAGCGAGCAACAUUUCUGGGUCGAGUAUCAUCCAACCCAGGUCGGUGAAUUCCACUUUUCCAUUCAAUGCGCCGUGAAGCUGAUGAAAAAUCCCCUUACCAUGUUCGUGACCGCCUCCGUUUACGAUAUCGUGUCUUCGGUUUCGUAUUGCAAGCUCAACGGCGAAAUCGUGCGAGCUUCCGAGAGUAAGGAGAACGUCAUCGACCUGGGCAAGAUAAUGCCCGAAGUAUCGAUUAAUCUCAAGUUCGACAUAACGAAUGCGUGUAAAGUAGCGUUCUACUACGCUUGGGAGCUCGGUAUGACGCCAGAAAUUUCCUGCAGAAACGCGUAUAGCGUGACCACGUCUCAGAAGCAGGGCCAUGUGACCAGCGAGAAUCGAUCCGCCUGUUAUCUGACCCUAACAACGUAUCAAAAAGUUACAAUAAAGGAUCAUUGCGUUCUUCUUAAGAUAUCCAAUGGUCCCACUUACAAAUUCACGUUGAAAGCUACGUCCAAAAGACCUGCCAUCGAAUUCAGCUUCAAUCGCUACGAUUUCGGACCUUGCUACAUUCAGCAACACAAUGCAAUCUCCUAUUGCGCGGAGCUUCGUGUAACGAACUCCGAUGAUGUGGCUUUUAUAAUCGAAUGUAAAUUCGAAGAACAACCACACCUCUCCGUCGACCUAAAUUCGAUAUCAGAAGCGCUGGCUGCACGCUCUACGAUCACCAUACCGAUCGUUUUUCGACCAUUGAAGGAGAUUAAGUACCACGAAUGUUUGGUGUUCACGAUCAACUCGGCAAACGAGAAGAGGAUAACGAUUAUUGGCGAGGGCAUUGGCUAUAAGCGUCGGUACCCAGCGUUACACUUUGUAAGUGUUUUUCAGGUUCGUUUGGUGAACCCGCGCGAUCAAUCGAUAGAUCUUGGUAACGUUCCCGCUCGCAAGAGCGUCGUAAGGAAGAUUCCGGUGAUAAACGAAGGUCUGGCACCGCUUGAUCUGAGAUUCGGGAUCAUGAAAUAUCUAAAUGACUACGACGAGUACCGUGAAAAUCAGAGAUAUUGUGACCCGUCGGAUGACGAGAGCGAAAUGGCUCAGGCAUCCAUUGUGGAGAUCAAGCGUUCCUGGACUACGGAUCAAAGGUUUACAACCGGCGAACCGAAACUUUUGGACGUUCUGAAGAUCGAACCAUCGUCGAGCGUAGUUUUGAAGCGGAAUAAGAGGGUCAACGUGUUGGUCACUUUUAAAUCUCCAUCGAGGAUGAGAUCGUUCGAGACAAAAGUGGCCUUUCAAUCGUCUUCCAUGAUCCUGCCAUUGUUUUCGGUGCGUGGAAGUUGCGUAGGAGCGGAAUUUCGAUUAAAUAGGAACCAUAUCUUUUUUGGUACUGUAGUUCAGGGUUGUACAGAAGAGUCUAAGGUGAUAUUAAUGAACACCGGAGAUUUGGGCUCCAGAUUCAAGUGGAACACAUCGAAAUUGCCGAAAGAUUUCCAAAUUGCUCCUAUGUCCGGUUACUGCUCGGCCGGUAUGGAUGUCAGUUUCACGGUGAAGUUCCAACCCCCUGAGCAGCGUAACUUAAUUGAGGGUGAGGCAGUAAUGGAGAUUGAGAAGUACCAAUGUUUGAGGGUUAAAAUUAGCGGAGCGUGCUGCAAACUACCUGAUCCGAUCGAAACGAUCGCGUUCGAGUGUUUGGUACGAGGAAAGCAAACUCGAUCCGUGGUUAUAACGAACGAUUCGACCCACACCUGGAAAUUGAAGGUUGAAGUAACCGGAGAUUACUUCUCCGUCGACGAAACGUUGCAAGUUCCUUCGCUACAAUUUGCUCCUUGUAUUGUCACAUAUUCACCGUUGGUCAUGAACUCUGAAAACACUUUGCAUAUGGUAGAAAGUCAACCGACAAAUCAAAGUUUAAAAUGGAAAUUUAUAUUCGAAGCUGUUUUUCUCUUCUUUUUAUUCGUGCAGGGAACGCUGAUGCUGAAAUCCCAGGACGAAAACUUAUAUUUGUUAUAUUUUCUUCGUGGCAGAAGCUUGCCACCUCAAGUUACGGAGAAGAUAAGCCGUCAGUUCCCCGCGAAAACAAAGUAUACCGAACUGUUGCCUGUUCACAACUGGUUAAAUACGCAACAGCGAUUCCAAUGUAAGAUCGAAUUGUUAAGAAACGAUAACACGCUAUCACAGAUUCCUCUAUACAGCUUCGUAGGUAACGAAAGAAUCGACGUUCCACCGAACAGUCAGCGAGAUUAUCGAGCAGUGUUUUAUUGCUACGAGAAAUGGGACUUUUAUUUCAAAGUAACGUUCACCAACGUGGAGAAAGAAUAUCAAUUCUACGAGAUAGAGUACGAAGUAACAGAACCGGAAGUGAUCGAAUCGAUCAAGUUGGCAACCCCUGCCCGAUCCCAGAUUUGUUACGCUUUGAAACUGGAGAAUCCCCUCGAACGUGAAACGAUCAAAUUUACAGCAGAGUGUCUUCAUCCAUUUGUCACUGUUACCAAAGUGUCAAAGAUCGUGCAACCACUAUCGCACGAAUAUAUUACUAUAAUAUAUCAUCCAACGAUGCCAUUCAUCACCGACGUUGUCAUGUUAAAUGUUGAUUCCGAAAAGCUGGGCCGAUUUCCAUACGAAUUGCGAUUGAAGGCCAGUCCUGCUCCUCCAGAGAAAACCACGCGUGUUAAUGCAGCUUUGGGAAGCAAUUACGCGUUCUCGCUUCCUGUGAAAAAUUUCACUCGCGAGAAUGCCAUAUUUUUGAUACACGUAGAUAGUGAGUGUUUCGCGUGUCCGAAAAAUAUUCAAGUGAGUGAACUAAGCGAGGGUAUAAUCGACGUAAUUUACGAGCCGUACGAUGUUGAAAAUGCCACUGCCACGUUGAUAGCAUCUUCAGACACUGCCGGAGAAUUUAUCUUCCCUUUGAUCGGUUCUUGCUCCUUGCCAAAGCCUAUGGGUCCUUACGUGAUUACUCGAAGCUCUCCAGCUUUUAUAUCUUUCAAAAAUGUCUUCAGAGAAGCAAAGACCUUUGAUUUUAUCGUCGAUGUUGCCGAAAUCUUCAUAAUGAGCACUGCGUCAACCACAUUAAAUUCUAAACAGAGUAUCGACGUUAAAGUGAGUAUCCGGGAAAAUGAGUUAGAAGAAGAGGACUUCAAAGAAGAAAAAUAUCCCGUUACCGGAAAGCUAAUGGCGUAUUGCACUGAUCAUGCUUUUUCUCAUAUAAAUUGGGUGUAUUAUUUAAGAGCAGUUUUUGAAUAAAAUACAAACAAAUGUUUCACUUUUGAACUACCGUUUAUGUAAAUUGUAUUUUUAAACUGGCGCGAAACAAAUAGUCGUGAGGUAUUUAAUGACGCCUUACGGUAUGACGCAAGGAUUAAGCCAUUGUAAACCGGGUC